AUGAAGGUACCGUCCGAACGACACUCGUCUGAUCCGUCAUACGCACCGUAUAGCGUGGCCUCACCGAGAUCAUUUCAACAACCGGCAUUACCCAGUAGAGCAUCAGGUUCAUCCAAAAAGUCUCAAGCGAAAGCACCCUCGCCCAUCAGAACGGAAGACCAACCGUCUCAGUACAAAGUUGCCAGGGCAAUCUCUUCUUGUACCAGGUGUAGAUCGAGAAAGCAAAAAUGUGAUGGUAAAUUGCCAGCUUGUUCGGCGUGCGAAAGAGCGAAGGUGGAAUGUAUAGGUUUUGAUGCGAUAAGUAAAACUAACAUCUCAAGAAACUAUCUGCACUCACUAGAACAAGAAGUGACUUCUCUUCGAGCUCAAGUAGCCGCCCUUCAGCAGAACGACCCAAUUGGUCAAACGAAGAAACACAUAGCGGCGAACGCAUCCAACGCUGUAUCUUCAUUCAGGUCGGACUUCCCAAUCGACCCUGCGCUGAUGGGUGAAGAUGGAUCGUCAUCAAGUUUGAGGAGUCCCCUGGAAUCUCCAAGCUUGUCAUCCUAUGGGUAUGGACACGGACACGGUCAUGGGCAUCAAAGAAGACAUUCCGACUACCCAUUCCCAUCUACACCCUUAAGUUCUGAUCCACCUAGAUCACCUUAUCAAAGCUCUUCCAAACAUCACAAUCAUCAUGCGACGGGGCAGACGGUCGGAAUCCAAUCUACGAGUUUGACCAGAAUGGUACACGAUGCUGCAUACAGGACGGGACACGCGGCGAACGCUGUCUCCGCAUUGUAUGCAUCAGGUGGUGGGUCAGGUAGUGAGAGAGGUUCAAGUGUACAUGGAGGAUCGACCGAUUCACCCGUCAUCUCAAAUAUCGAUCCAACCUUGCAAAAUAAUAAUGGUAAUAACGAUAGCUCCCCCGAAACCGUUCUGACGCCGAGAUCAGCGACAUCUGGAAUACCCAUGCAAGGGAACAAGAGAAGACAUUCAGUAUCGCCUUUGGCCAACCCCGCGCAAUUGCUAAGCUCAAGUAUGAGCAGCGUAGGUAAAGCCAAAAGAAGGACAUUCGCAAUUCCGCCGUUACCCCCUCAACCAGCUGUGGAGAGAUUAGUAGCUGCCUAUGUGGACUUCGUCGGUGUCACGGGACCGAUCAUACAUGUCCCUUCACUGGGAAAACAGUUGAUGAGAAUUAGAGAGGGAACAGAUGUAGAGGAAAGCGAUAUUUUCGUGGUCAUGAUGGUUUUAGCCCUCAGCACAAUGGCUUCCUCUCGAUUUGUGGAUCCACCUGAUGAGCUCAGAGCUUGCUCAGAAGCUUUCCAUGCGGAAGCGAUGAAACAUCUCGAUGCGGUGUUUGAGGAGCAAAGCUAUGUCGGUCUACAAGCGAUUCUUCUCCUUGUGUGGUACUCGCUUCUGAAUCCAGACAAGGGAUCAAUCUGGUUCUUAGUCGGCUUAGCCACCCGAACCUGUGUGGAUCUUGGCUAUCAUAACGAGCAUAACACGCAGGUUGAUCAAAUUGACUCUUUAGAAUUGGAUAUGAGAAGAAGGUUGUUCUGGUGCACGUAUAAAAUGGAUAGAUUGUUAUCGCAGAGCUUGGGCAGACCGCCAAGCAUUCCUGACGGAUUUAUCAAUGUUCCUCUACCCUCACCCAUGCACGAUAUAGACAUUCAUCCAGACCAUUACGGACCACUGGAGGGUGAAACAUGCUCGUACAAAGCUGUUUUCCUCCAUACCACCAAGAUGAGACAACUACAAUCCGAAAUACUGUUCAAUACCUACGGUGUACAUGGGUCAACGGGUCGCAUACCAAGUGAAGAAUGGAGACAAGAUUGUUUCGAAAGACUGAAAACCUGGUUGGCGGAAGCCCCGGAACCUAGAGGUACGGUUUCGACUGAAGGUUAUGCGAUCAGUUUCCAUAACUCCUCCUUAUUGCUUUUCCGACCUUCACCUGGAUGUCCUCGGCCUGGACGGAGCGCUUUGACUACUGUCUUGACUAGCUCAAGUUACGUCAUCAGGAUUUAUCGUCGGAUGCAGCUGAACAAUCGGAUCAGUUGGCUAUGGAUGACGAGUCACUUCUCCUUCAUGGCUGGUUUGUCAUUCCUCUAUGCCUAUUUCAAUCUUUACUCGAUGGGAGGUGGACCCGAUAUACCUACGAUUGAAGAUGCUCUGAUGGUAAUUGAUUCGUGUCUGAGUGUAUUGGAGUUCUUAUCUCCUCGUGUACCUUCCGCCUCAGACUGUCACCGUACGAUGCAAGCACUUUCGCAAGCAAUCUUCGAACAGCUCUCCAAGCUCGAUCCUCCACCCACUAUGGGAUCGUCGACAAGUUCACCGGGUGGUCGAGGGAUUCUUAGAGGAGCACCAAUCUCCUCGUCCAGAGAAGAUCCCUUACCAAACGAGACUUUCCCUGCACCUUUACCGGCCGUCGAGCUGCCUUACGAGCUAUCUUUGUUGGAUAACCUAUUUAGGAACCCUAUGGCAUCGCACAACAAAGCUUCGGAAUACACUUCUAAUCAGAAAUGUCGAAACAAGAAAAAGAAAGAGCCAGAGCAGGUCAAUGUGGAUUAUGGUGGUGUAGGAAAUUAUCCUUCGAUUUCUUCCUCCUAUGGACAUGGUCAUUCUCAUGGAGGAAACAAAGGAUAUCCACCUAAUGCUUUCCAUACGAGUACGAGCGAACAAAUCAGGAGGUCGUAUAACAAUGGAGGCGGAGAUGGAGAUAGACGAGGCUCAGCAGAUGAUUAUGCCAAUACGACUGGUGGUAGUGGAUCAGGGACGGGACCAGGUAAUUUAUUAGGUCCAUAUACAUUAGCGAUGGGUCUCGGAUCCACUGCAUUUUCUUCCACCUCGAAGGACUCUACGCAGACCCCAACGUUCUCUCAACCGAGUGUAUCUCAAUCGCUCAAUUCGAGCUCGAAUUCCAACUCUACCGGGACUGCAGUGAAGGAAAGGGAAUUGCCAAUGAUAAAUGGAUCUAACGAAGGAGGUAUAGGUGGAGUGGAUAUGGAUCAAGGCAAUUUCGAUUUGUUCAACUUCUUAAUGGAUGAAGAUGGACUGGGAGGAAAUGGGUUCUCGGGUUUGGAUGUACCGUCGGAUUUCUCGCUGUGGAGUUAG